AUGAACAUCAAAGAAUUGGUUCCUGCGGUGCCUAUCCCCUAUCAGAUAGAACUAUUUGCCUUUCCCGACCCUGACCUCCCUUCCGCCUCAUCUAUAAGGAUUCAGAUCCAAAAGUCCGCGCUGGAGAAGGGUCUGCCAAUAAAGAUGGUCAAGGAUGCUGGGAGAACACAGGUGCCCCGGGGAUCGCUCACGGUGCUGGCCAUCAUAGGCCCGGAAAGUACGACAACUGAGUUAACAGGCCAUCUCAAGCUGCUGUAG